AUGACCUUCAAAAGCGAAGGCUAUUACACCACAGGACCUUCAAACAAGCAAGAAAGAGCGAGUCCCACUCCUUCCGUUGAUACCAAUAACGGCGAUAGUGAUCAUACUACCCCAAGUCAAAUCGACCAGAACUCCGAAGCCCCCUCCCAGCUCCAACGAGACCUCGUGGCGGCAAAGGAGCUACGUGCUCGAGUCGAAAACCUACAGAUGACCACUUUGAAACGCAAAGAAACGGCAACAGCGUCAAGAGAAGAGCCGCCUCAGAACAUGGAGAAGAGUUCGGCCAUGGAGAUCGACGAGAUAGAUUCCGAAUGCUCGGAAGCUACCCCGAAACGCCCUAUAACCCCAGAGAUCCGAGUCUUAUCGAAGGAAGACCAGAUCAAACUCCGGGUCAAAGAGCACGUCUCGCUUUGGAGACAGUGCCAAGUAGCUACGCGCGAAGGACCAACAGAAAAGCUGCGAGCCUUACUGACUACCGCUCAGGAGAGUCAGAAGGUUCUUCAGAAACUCAUCGACAACGAGGAGAUCGAGAGUUACGUGAAGGGUUGGAACCCUUGGGACGAAAAAAAACUACACUUCCCUUCCCCUCCGAAAAAGAAUCUAAUGAAAUUCAAGAGAAACGAGCCCGGCAAGAAGCAAAGCUCAAGCUCGACCAACUUCUCCGAUCCCGCCAAAUGGAGGAAAGUCACAGACCUCCUUCAGAUGGCCUCAGGUCUGUACCAGAAUGUGUAG